GGACUAUUGGAAAAUCAGUUGUAAGAAACCAGUCAACGCGUAUAGAUCGAAACGAUCAAAUACAAUUUACAAAUAUAUAAAUUGAAGAAAACAGCGCGUUUUGUCAAACAAAAAAAAAAAAAAAAAAAAAAACAGCUGAGCAUAACGAAACGCGCGUGUGCAAAAUAGAGAGGAAAAAAUACAUGUGUGUGUAUAUAUAAAUAUACACAAACACGAUUUACAACGGAAAAUUUUUUGAAGCGACAGUGUGCGAAAGACGCAGAAUCGUAACGUAAGCAGAACCAAGCAGCAGCCUUUACGUAAUUAGCAGAAUCAACGUGAUAUCCAUACGAAAAAUGAGCAGCUCAGUGUUAAGCAUGGUACGUCCAAGUGCUGCCACCAGCAGCUGUGCAGGCCCCACAGCAACAGCAACGGCCACACUGCUCGCCCAGCAACUAAAUGCGGCGCUAGCCAACGGUAAAAGUACUGUAGCUGCUACGCAGCCGAAACAGCCGCAUCAGGCCGCCAAGAUAAUAAAACAAUCGGACAUCGUUUGCUUCGACGUAGACUCUACUGUCAUCUGUGAGGAGGGUAUCGACGAACUGGCCGAAUUUUGCGGCAAGGGCAGCGAAGUGGCCCGUGUAACCAAAGAAGCCAUGGGUGGCAGUAUGACCUUUCAGGAUGCGCUCAAAAUACGUCUGAAUAUUAUACGCCCUACACAGCACCAGGUAGCCGAAUUCAUCAAGCAGCGUCCCAGCACUCUCAGCCGCAACGUGAAGCGUUUUGUGGCACAGCUGAAGGCAGAUGGCAAGCAGGUAUAUCUCAUAUCUGGUGGUUUUGAUUGCUUGAUAGCACCUGUGGCCGCCGAACUGGGCAUUCCACUCAACCACAUGUUCGCCAACAAAAUGCUCUUCGACUACAAGGGCGCAUAUGACAGCUUCGAUGUCACACAGCCCACAUCUCACUCAGGUGGCAAGGCGGAGGCAAUCAGCAUGAUUCGGAAGAAGCAGCCAGCAGAUACACUUAUCACAAUGAUUGGAGAUGGCGCCACCGAUUUGGAAGCUGUGCCACCGGCCAAUAAUUUCAUUGGCUAUGGCGGCAAUGUGGUGCGAGCGGAAGUCUACAGACGUGCCCAGUAUUAUAUAACAGACUUUGAGCAGCUAAUGUGAAGGUGGAGGAGGAGCAAACCACAGCGAAUUUAGUAUUGCGAAUCGGCGUGUUAUAGUGUUUAGAUCAAAUAAAUUAAGUAUAUAAGCCUACAUAUAAAUAAAUUUACAUACAUACAUACAUAUAAAUACUUUAAUAUGCAAGUGCACAAGUUUAUAGUCGCUUGGAAAACAAUAAAAACGGCAGUUAAAUGAAAGUAACAAUUGUUUUGUAA